AUGCGGAAGGGCGGAGGAGCCGGGCGUUUUUCAGCCCUGGCCUCGAUGAGGCGCCAUCUGGCGUGCGGUGGCCGCAGCUGUCGAACACGAUGCGGCACGGAUGCGGAUGCGGAUGCGGAUGUGGACACGGACGCGAGCGCGGCACCGCGACCAAUAGAUUUGGCCAAGCCCAAGCGAACUGAAGACAACGAGAGUUGCAGCCCGCCAAAGGCAACAAACCCCGGACCACAUGCAACAGUCGCGGCUACUGCGACGCCGACUGCGACUGCGACUGAGACGCCGACCGCGGCAGAGGCAGCUGGCGGAAAAAGGAAAACAGACAGAGCGGAAGCGAGCUCCGGCGACUUAUGGCCAUGUUUGUUGUACGGGUAA